GUUCCUCGCCUCGCGGCCAGCGGCCUCGCCGUUCCCGUGGAGAUCAUCCCCUUCGGCUGGGCCCUCACUCUCCGCCGACUACAGAGCUUGUUCGACGGCGUGCCGGGCUUCAAUCUCAAGCUCAGGACCGCCUCCAUCAACGCCAAAGCCACCACCUUUGACGAGAAGGGGUCGGACUCGGAGCCAUUCGUGACUGACAACAAGAACUACAUCGCGGAUUUGUUCUUCGAGAAUGGGAUCCAUGGCGACCUGAGAGUGAUCAGUGAUGCGAUCCUGAGGAUUACCGGAGUGGUGGAGCAUGGGUUGUUCCUCGGAUUGGCGUCGUCGGUGGUGGUGGCACACAAGGAUGGGGUGGUGGUGGUGAAGGACAAGGAGGCGACAUCGAAUGGGAUGAUGAUAGAGAUUACGUUAGCCGAAGGAUGAUUACUACUGAUUCCAAGACGCAAAGGUAACCAUUCUACAAUACUAUUGAUUGAUU